AUGUAUUCGGCUCGCAUGAGCAACGCUAGUAGCGAUGCUUGUGAACGACGGGAUCCCUGUCAGCAUGGGGGAGUUUGCAUCAGCACAGACAACGGUCCGGUCUGCGAGUGUCGAGACGGUGAUUAUGAGGGGGCAUUCUGCGAAAGAGAUAAAGCACCAUCAGAGGCAACAUUUCGCGGCGCCGAGUUUCUUUCGUACGAUCUCACGCAAACUGGAGGAGAGCCCAUAGUCAGUACACAGGAUGCUAUCUCACUUUACUUCAAGACUCGACAACCCAAUGGAUUACUGUUUUAUACCGGUCACGAAGCAGACUACUUAAACCUGGCAGUCCGAGAUGGAGGUCUGUCGCUAACCAUGGGACUUGGCAAUGGAAAGCAGGAGAUGCAUAUCAAGCCAGCGAAGACAAGAUUUGAUGACCACCAAUGGCACAAGCUUACUGUGAGGAGAAAAAUACAGGAGAUAACGCCGUUAACGAGCUUUUGUCGGGUGUCGGCAGUUGUGGACGACGUAUACACGGACCAUUCUCACGUAGCCGGGUCGUUUACAAUGCUGGCUAGUUCCAGAGCACAUGUCGGGGGCUCCCUCAAUGCCCGCGCAUUACCCGGAGCUAGAGUCCACACUAAUUUCAUCGGCUGUUUAAAAAAGGUGGAAUUCUCAGCAGAUACGUUGCGGCUGAAUCUGAUCGACCUAGCGCGCACUGGUAGUAAGCUGAUCACUGUUACCGGUCGUUUAGAAUACGCCUGCACUGCAACCGACUCUGCUGACCCCGUCACUUUCAGUACACGAGAUGCGCAUUUGAUAUUGCCAAAAUGGGAAGCGGUGAAGACUGGCACAAUAUCCUUCAAGUUUCGCACUAACGAACCGAACGGUUUGAUUCUGUUCAACAUGGGCGCGAAGCCACCAAGGGUAGGUUGCACGGCGGAUUUAUUUGCUGUAGAAAUGUUAAACGGCUACAUCUACGUCCAUGUCGAUCUUGGGUCUGGUGGAGUGAGAGUAAGAGCCUCAAGGAGGAGAGUGGAUGAUUCUCAUUGGCACGAGUUUCUACUUAGAAGAACUGGAAGAGAUGGGAGGGUGACCGUAGAUGGGGCAAAUGCGGAGUUUAAAACACCUGGCGAAUCAAACCAACUUGAGCUUGAUGGGCCGUUAUUCGUUGGUGGUUUGGGCUCUGAGUAUUCGGCAUCGAGAACUCCACCGGCCUUAUGGACUGCAGCGUUGAGGCAAGGGUUUGUUGGCUGUAUUCGGGAUUUAGUUUUGAAUGGGAAACCUCAGGACUUAACAGCAUAUGCUCGACAACAGGAUUCUGCAUCAGUGCGUCCAGCAUGUCACGUACUGAUGAAGCAGUGCGUGAGCUCACCAUGUCAGCACGGAGGCGUGUGUUCCGAGGGCUGGAACAGACCGCUGUGUGAUUGCUCUGCCACAAACUACGGAGGGCCAACUUGCGGAAGAGAAUCAGCAACAAUUUACCUGAACGGCAGUCAGCAUCUCACUACAACGUUAGGACCGGAGCACGUCACGCAAACAGAAGAGCUGAUGUUACGAUUUCGGACAAGUAAAGCGGGAUUACUACUGAGGACAUCAACCGAAAACUCUGGUGACAGGAUUGAACUCGCGGUGGCUGCUGGGAGAGUACGCGCCAGUGUGAAACUGGGUGAGAGAGAAAAGAAUCUUCUCGCCGGUUCUAACGUGGCAGAUGAUAACUGGCACACAGUUCGUUUCUCCCGGCGUGCGUCUAAUCUGAAGCUGCAGGUAGACGGGGGCCAGGCCGUCCGCGGUACGUUAUCUGAAACGAUUUUAGGUAAAGCAUCCACUUUAGAGAUAAUGACCUUACAUUUGGGUGGCAUGUUUCAUCCGGAGGAAGAAAUACAAAUGACUUCAACAUUACCAAAUUUCGUUGGAUACCUUCAAAAAUUUGUUUUUAAUGGCAUAAGAUAUAUAGAUCUGGCAAAAACUCUCGGAAGUGGGAGUACAGGUGAAAAUAACAAUAUUUAUGAUACAUCACAUAUAGUAUUCAACGGAAAAUUUGUCAAACCUGAUUCUCUGAACGUGUAUAAGUCUGUAACAUUCAAGUCUAAACAUACAUAUGUUGGUUUGCCACUGCUAAAAGCAUAUGCGAAUACAUAUUUAGAUUUCUACUUUCGUACGACGGAAAUGGAUGGUUUAUUAUUUUAUAACGGUGGAAAGAAACAAGAUUUCAUAGCGGUAGAACUGGUAAAUGGUCAUAUUCAUUGUGUUUUUAACCUUGGCGAUGGAGUGGUUACAAUGAAAGACAAACUGAAGAACUUUUUGAACGAUAAUCGAUGGCAUACUGUGUCUAUUAGAAGACCGACACCGCAGGUACAUGCACUGCAAGUAGAUGAUGAUUUGGAAAUGCAUACUACAAGUUCAAAUCUCAUGCUUGAACUAGACAGCGUUUUGUACGUUGGAGGAGUACCAAAGGAUAUGUACACAGCUUUACCAGUAGGUGUGUUAUCGCGUCAGGGUUUUGAAGGGUGUAUGUCUAGUUUAGACUUGCCUGGAGAGUCGCCUUCGCUUAUAGAAGAUGCUGUUGUUCCUAGUUCUUCUUUGGUCUCUGGAUGUGAAGGCCCGACUAAAUGCACUCACAACGCGUGUGCAAACAAAGGCGUGUGUGUGCAACAGUGGAACACUUAUGUUUGCGAUUGUGAUCUCACCUCUUUCACUGGACCAACGUGUUAUGACGAAUCGAUAGCGUACGAGUUCGGUCCGGGGCGCGGCAUCGUGACCUACACAUUUCCAUCGAGCAACGUCGUCGACACGGAGACGGACCGGGUGGCCGUCGGUUUCGUCACCAGCAAAGCGGACGCCGUGCUACUGCGAAUCGACUCGUCCAACACCCAGGAUUACAUACAGAUGGAAAUUAUCCGAGGAAAUCUCUUCAUGGUAUACAAUGUGGGUGGUGGCGACCAUCCACUGGGUGACGAGGCGGCACGUGUAGACGACGGCGCUUACCACGUCGCUAGGUUUACCAGAAAUGGCAGCAGGGCUGCCUUACAACUUGAUAACUACGCCGUGAAUAUUCGACAUCCUCAAGGCGGACAAAAAUCGACUGUUUUCAACAGCAUGUCAACAAUAACAGUGGGUGGGGGAAGUAGAGGUUCUAGAACUUUCAGUGGGGUUUUAGCAGGUCUUGUCGUCAACGGUGUUAGGGUAUUGGAUCUAGCCGCCGCUGGGGACCCAUCAGUAACUAUAAGAGGUGAUGCGAGAAGAGCGCACUCUCCGUUAGACAGAGAUAUCAAUAGAAUGCAACAGACGCCGCCGUCAGGGUACGGCGGCGGUGCGCUGGACGAGCUGGUGUACUCGGGCGCGGGGUCGGGCUGCCGCGACGACGAUGAGGACGCGUGCGUGCUGCCCGACGCCGGCUCCGGCGACGACCUCAUCACGCCCGUCUACGUACCCGCCACGCGCCGCCCACCCGCCAAGUUGCACAAGGGUGACCAGAGUAGUAAGCUAAUGAAGCCAUGCGAUGACGAAGAUUGUAUUGAAGGAUCAGGAUCAAGUGGCGAAGAUGUAACUGAGCCAGAACAAACUACUACAACACCUGGUGCAAGCAGCACACACACCAUGACAUCACCCACUGCCAUAAUAUCCACGGAACAUAUAGAUAAAUCCAUAGCUGGGUCGACGGACAGUGCCACUGAUACCACAAGUGGCACCACAAGAACUACGAACUCACACACUACUCCUCACGACCAUGGUAACAUGCACGCCGGCACUAUUGAUUCUGCUACCGUUCCCGAUAAAAAGACAACAUCCACAGAAGAACACACUCAUACGGGUCAUUUCACUCCUACUAUUAUUGUGAAGAAUAUGCCAGAGUCAACAGACACCACAGAAGAAGAUACCAACAAUAUACGGGAGUAUGAAGAACACCAUGAGAAUGAGAUAGAGAUACGCACUCCGGUGUACGAAGUGGGAAGUGAAAGAGAUAGAGUGCCUGGUAGAAUACACCCGGAUUACAAUGGCUAUGAACAUGAGAUCACAACAAAGUGGUACCACCCGAAGACUACGGACAGUCGGGUGGUUCCGCCAGAAUCAGAAUUUUUCGCUACUAUUGUCGGUAUAGUAGCGUCUGUGCUCAUAGCAAUAAUACUCAUAGUCAUCAUUGUGCUCAAGUACUUCGUGUUCAAGAUUGAUCCCUCGUACAAGGUUACGGAGGAUAAAAACUACCAACAAGGUGCUAGCGCAGCCUUAUUAGGAAACCAGGCGCACUCAAGUUACCAGAGCGGUGCGAACGGUUCGAACGGUGCGGGAAGCGCGGCGCGCAACCUGCAGCCGCUGCCGCUGAACCGCAGCGCUGCACCGCUCACCCCGCUCCCCGCGCAACCCAUCAAGCGCGACGGCAUCAAGGAGUGGUACGUUUAA